AUGGGAGCAGUUUUAGGUUUAUGCUCUGCCGCACAGUGUGCACUUUGCUGUACCGGAACAGCUGCCAGUUGCUGCUGCAGUGCAUGCCCUUCCUGCAAGAACUCUACUUCAUCACGUUUCAUGUAUGCUUUUAUGCUAUUGGUGGGCACUGUCCUAAGCGCUAUAGCACUUUCACCCGGACUGCAGGAUACGCUUAAAAAGUUACCAUUCUGUAUAAAUUCGACUUCCACAGUGAGCUCUAAGGCAUUAUCUCUUAGCGGAAAUUUACAAGUGGACUGUGAAUAUGCACUCGGCUACAUGGCUGUUUAUCGUAUAUGUUUUGGUCUCGCCUGUUUCUUCAUGCUAAUGGCUCUUAUUAUGAUGGGUGUUAAGAGUUCACGUGAUCCGCGUUCGCACAUACAGAAUGAAUUUUGGGGAUUGAAAUUUUUAAUUUGCUUUGGUGCUGCAAUUGGUGCAAUUUUCAUACCAGAUGGCUCAUUCGGACCGACUAUGAUGUGGGUGGGCUUAAUUGGUGGACUGGCAUUUAUAUUGGUGCAAUUGGUAAUCAUUGUCGAUUUUGCUCAUUCGAUAGCUGAAAACUGGAUUGAAAAUGCUGAAAAUAAUAGGGGCUAUUUUUAUGCUUUGGUUGGCGUCACACUCACCAGUUAUGCCUUGUCCCUAGUAGGCAUUUCCCUGCUGUAUAUCUACUUCACACACUCCGACGGCUGUGGUCUCAACAAAUUCUUUAUCUCUUUCAAUCUAAUACUCUGCUUGAUUGUGAGCAUUUUAUCGGUUAUGCCUGCAGUGCAGGAUCGUUUGCCACACUCAGGUCUGUUACAGAGCUCGCUGGUUACAAUCUACACUAUAUACCUAACUUGGUCUGCUGUUGCUAAUAAUCCAGAAAAAGAAUGUAAUCCUGGCAUGUAUGGCGUAAUAAACGGCGUUACAGCUGGUAAUACAACCAUUGCGCCACCAACAAACCAUUCUAAAGUAACUUUCGAUACGACAAACAUCAUUGGAUUGGUCGUUUGGUUAUUCUGCAUACUAUACAAUUGUAUCAGCUCGGCUGUGGAGGUUUCCAAAAUCAAUAACGAUGGUGAAAAACGUGUUUUAACAGAAGCUCUCUCAGAUUCAGAAGCCGGAAAAGGUGAUGGUGAUGGCGCAACCGAUAACGAAAGUGAUGGCGUCACUUACUCCUGGUCCAUGUUUCAUAUUGUCUUUGUCUGUGCUUCGCUCUAUGUAAUGAUGACGCUCACCAAUUGGUACAAACCGAAUUCUGAUAUUGAGUUAUUCAAUGCCAAUGCCGCUUCCAUGUGGAUUAAAAUAAUAUCCAGUUGGCUUGGUGUCUUCAUCUAUGGUUGGAGCUUAGUUGCACCUAUAAUACUAACUAAUCGAGAUUUUAGUUAAAUUAAAUGAAGACUUUCCAAAGGAAAUAAAAUCAAGCAGGCGGAGUAAAAAAUUUAACCGUGAAAAAAUCACAGGUCUAAAAACUAUGGUAUAUAAAAAUAAUAAUACUUACAUAUAUUUAUUAAUGUGAUGCAUGCAAUGAUUCUCCUUUUAAAAACUUAAUUAGCGAUAUAAUGGUCAUUCAUGCAUAUAUAUGUCUGUAUUGCAAUUGAAUGGCCGAAAACCCUAAAAAUGUAACUACAUAUUUACAAAAUUAUUUACCAUAACUAUACUUAUAUACAUACAUACCAAUUUGAACAAAAGUAUUCGUCACAAAGCGUAAACGCUAAUAAAUUGAAAUUUCGAUGAAGGUAAAUAAAAUAAACGAUGUUUGCUCUUUAA